AUGGAAGCAAAUAAAGAUGAAUCAAUAAAAUGCUUUAAAAUAGCAAAAACGGCGUUCUCACGCCAAGAUUACCAAAAGGCAUUGAAAUUCGCCAAUAAAGCAAACAAUAUGUUCCCGUCACAAGAAUAUCAAACCUUCAUAGAUAAAUGCCUUAAAUUUACACAAAACACCCCAAAUGAUACACCUAUCAAUUCCAAUGAUUUGCCGAACAAUUCUAAAGAUCCACCGCGUAAAUUUUUUACUACAAUAAUUAUUAUUAAUUAUAUUAUUAUGAAUUUGUAUAAUUGGAGGUUAAUGUAUAAUUUUGUAGAGAAUGAAUCGAGUAGUCGUAACGCCACUGAGGAGCAGGAAAGUUUGUGCCGUAUGAUCGUAAAGUCAAAGAACUAUUAUGAAAUACUGCAAGUGGCAAAAACUGAUUCAGUCGAGAAAAUAAAAAAGAGCUACAAAAAAUUAGCAUUGAAAUUACAUCCGGAUAAGAACCCGUCGCCCUUGGCUUCUGAGGCCUUUAAGAAGGUGUCAACAGCGUUUCAAUGCCUGACGAACCCGAGGGCAAGGGAAGAAUACGACCUCCACGGCGACGAGGAACGGUUUGUUAACCAGCAGCGGUACCAGCAAGAUUUCGUUACACCUGAACAACUAUUCGAAGCCUUUUUCGGAAUUCAUCAACACAACAACGUUUUUCAUUUCACAACAAGACGCACUGGUGGCAAUAGAAAUAAUACCAGAAGAGGUGGAUUAACGCAAUUUGUGCCAUUGUUGGUAUUGAUGAUAUUCAUGCUCAUGAUGAACCUCUUUUCCCGAAGUCCACAACUUUAUCAGUUUGAGAAGAGUUCGAAGUUUGGACAAAUGCAAUCUACGAGUCUAAACGGAGUAGUAUACUACGUAGAUUCGCGAACCUUUGAGAGAACGUACCCAAAGAAUACGGCUCAACGCAUUAAAAUUGAGUUUGAAGUCGAGUAUAAGUAUUUUGAAGACAAAUGCAAUGAUAGCAAGCGAGAGAACCAGCGGCAGAUUUACUCAUAUUUGUCUUCAUUUAGAAACCCACCGCCAGAACUCUAUGAAACACCCAAAAGCUGUAAAGUACUCAAUGAUCUCAGACACUCAUACACAAAACUAUUACAAAAAUACGAAUUUUAA